AUGGAGCCACUACUUCUGUUACUACUGGUAUUGCUACCAGUCAUUGUACUUGCACGAUAUGCGUUCACCUAUGGUCACAGAAUCAGCUCCAUGCCCCACGGUCCCUCUACUUUGCCCUUCAUCGGAAAUAUCCAUCAAAUCCCAAAGAAGUAUACCCACAUCAAAUUUACCGAAUGGGCAGCCAAAUAUGGAGGAUUAUACAUGCUCAAGAUUGGAAAUGGCAACAUGGCCGUGAUAACAGAUCGCCGUCUAGUCAAAGAAGUCAUCGAUCGCAAAAGUGGCAUUUACAGCCAUCGUCCGCAUUCCUUUGUAUCGCACGAACUCAUCACCAAGGGCAAUCACCUCCUAGUCAUGCAUUAUGGAGACCAGUGGCGGACCUUCCGGCGAUUAAUUCAUCAGCAUUUGAUGGAGUCUAUGGUGGACAGUCAACACCUCGAAAUUGUCAAUGCUGAAGCCAUCCAACUGGUGCAUGAUUAUAUGGUUGACCCCGAGCAUCAUAUGUCUCACCCCAAGCGUUUCAGUAAUAGCAUUACCAACUCGAUCGUUUUUGGUAUACGGACAGCCAGUAAAGACGGAUCUAACAUGCGACGUCUUUACAAACUCAUGGAAGAAUGGUCGGAGGUAAUGGAAACCGGAGCAACGCCACCAGUAGACUUGUUUCCCUGGAUGAAACUACUUCCGCAGGCGUUGUUCAGGAAUUACAUCACACGGGCCAAGGCCAUUGGCGUACAGAUGGAGACUCUCUACGAGGAUAUUCUGAGCAAAGUUGUCAAGCGGCGAGAGGGUGGUAUCAACCAGGGCACCUUUAUGGAUCGCGUUCUGGACGGUCAAGAGAAACACAACCUUCCUCCACACCAGCUCGCCUUUAUUGGCGGUGUUCUGAUGGAAGGUGGCUCCGAUACCAGCUCCAGUCUUACACUGGCUAUUGUGCAAGCGUUGAUUCAAAACCCAGAGGUGCAGCAAAAGGCACAUGCCGAGAUUGAUGCUGUCAUUGGACAUGAGCGGUCGCCUGUCUGGGCGGAUCUUGAACGAUUGCCUUAUAUCAACAUGAUUGUUAAGGAAGGACACCGAUGGAGACCAAUUCUUCCACUUUGUUUCCCGCAUGCACUUGGAGAAGACGACUGGAUCGACGGCAAAUUCCUCCCCAAAGGCACAACCGUCGUAAUUAAUACCUGGGGAGUUCAUAUGGAUCCAUCUCAACCAUAUGACCCAGCCGCAUUCAUCCCCGAACGCUUCGCCAAUCACCCCCAACUAGCGCCGGAGUAUGCCGCAGGGUCGUGGGAACGUCGCGAUCACUAUGGAUAUGGAGUUGGACGCCGGAUUUGCCCUGGAAUUCAUCUCGCAGAGCGCAACAUGUUCCUGGCAAUUGCCAAACUGGUGUGGGCGUUUGACUUCCAGCCAGGUGAGGGCCAUAUGGACAGUGAUCCUGUCACUGGGUACCAUAAUGGUUUCCUUUACUGUGCUAAGGAUUAUCCUUGUCGGCCUGUUGUGCGCAAUGAGAUCAUUCGGGAUACUAUUCAGAGGGAGUAUGCUACUGCUACGGAGAAUGUGUUUUCUCGGUUUACCGAGGGGUGA